AUCGUCCAAAGGACGCUGAGCCGCCGUGAGCAGCACUUUGCCAGCGCUCGGGCCGGUCGGUCGCUGUCGAAUCGGGCUCCGCACGGCCCCCAGACCCCCACGGUAGCAGCAGCAGCAGCGGCGGCGGCGGCCACCUUCAGGGUCCACUCGUAAUAUCAGGUCAGCCGCAAAAGCAGCAGCAGCAGUGAGCGAUGUGGUCGGAGUUGCUGUUGGUGCUGUUUGCACUGGUGAGCGGCGACGCCGUCCUUUCAUUCACGGAAAAUGGUCCGCGAUGCAAGGAAAUCACAAUUCCGAUGUGCAAAGGAGUGCGAUACAACUACACGUCUAUGCCCAACAGCCUCAACCACGAAACUCAGGACGAUGCCGGUAUGGAAGUGCACCAGUUCUGGCCUCUGGUGGAGAUCGGCUGCAGCGGGGAUUUGCUUUUCUUCCUGUGCAGCAUCUACGUGCCGAUCUGCAUCGAGGACCACUACCUGCCGCUGCCGGCGUGCCGCAGCGUGUGCGAGAGGGCGUACGACGGCUGCGCCUCGCUGAUGGGCAGCUACAACUUCAAGUGGCCCGACCACAUGAACUGCGACAAAUUCCCGCGGCACGGCGAGAAGGACGUCCUCUGCAUGGAGAGGCCCGAGGGGCUGUCCGAGUCGAAGGCCACCAUGGCGCCGGCGGUGCCGCCCAAGCCGUCGCGCAGACCGAACACGCAGACCAAGUGCAAGAACAAGAACGGCAAGGGCUGCCCGCCGCUCCACGAAAAGGAUUCGUGGAGCGACUCAAAGUCCUGCCAGUGCAAGUGUCGCAGCCCCAUGGUGCCCAUCGGCAGGGACAGCCUCCUCUACAACCGCAGCGUCGCCGUGUCCACCGUGGACAACUGCGCCCUGCCCUGCUUCGGCGUCUUUUACUCAGAGGAGGAGCGAGAGUUCGCGUCUGUCUGGAUAACCGUGUGGUCCGCCCUGUGCUGCGUGUCCACCCUGAUGACGGUGACCACCUUCCUGAUCGACACGCAGCGUUUCAAGUACCCUGAGCGGCCGAUCGUGUUCCUGAGCGCGUGCUACUUCAUGGUGAGCAUCGGCUACCUGGUGCGCGUGGGCCUCGGACACGAGGAGGUCGCCUGCCACGAGCGCAUCAUCCGCUACCACUCGACUGGCCCCGUGCCGUGCACCCUCGUCUUCCUGCUCGUCUACUUCUUCGGCAUGGCCUCCUCCAUUUGGUGGGUCAUCCUCACCCUCACCUGGUUCCUCGCCGCUGGACUCAAAUGGGGCAAUGAGGCGAUCGCCGGCUACUCGCAGUACUUCCACCUGGCCGCGUGGUUGGUGCCGACGGUCAAGUCGGUGGCCGUGCUGGUGAUGAGCGCCGUGGACGGCGACCCGGUGGCCGGCAUCUGCUACGUGGGCAACCAGAACGCGGACAAUUUGCGCAUCUUCGUGAUGGCGCCGCUGGUGGCCUACCUCUUCCUGGGCACCUCGUUCCUGCUGGCCGGCUUCGUGUCGCUGUUCCGCAUCCGCAACGUCAUCAAGCAGCAGGGCCGCAGCAAGGCCGACAAGCUGGAGAAGCUGAUGAUCCGCAUCGGCAUCUUCAGCGUGCUCUACACCGUGCCGGCCACCAUCGUGAUCGGCUGCCACUUCUACGAGUCGCACCGCGACUGGCUCGCGCCCUGGACCUGCCCGUGCCACAGCCAGACGCGCCCGCUGCCGCUCUACUCCAUCCUGAUGCUCAAGUACUUCAUGGCGCUGGCCGUCGGCAUCACCUCCGGCGUCUGGAUCUGGUCCGGAAAGACGCUCGACUCUUGGCGCCGAUUCUGGUUCCGCAUCACAGGCCGCAGGUACUUGAUAGAGACAAACACGGCGAAGCGGUCGAUCGUGGCCAAGCCGAUGGCCGUCGGCUACUCUCCGGCCGUGACCGCCUCGACGUUGAAGCAGUCUGCGCCGCUGAGCCACGUAUGACAUAAUGGAACCCCCCGUUUUGCGUCUGAGGAGGUUGUGGUGGACUCGAUCAUGGUGCAGACCACCAAGUCUACGACUUCCACCCUGGGCAACAAAGUGGAGGGGCUCAGCAAUUACGGACCUAUCUAAGCGCCGAGUUGAAAAGAAGGACGCUAAGAACGUGCAUUUAUAGCAGCGAGCGUGUGUGGUUUAUAAAAAAUGAAUUCGCCGGUGCGAAAAGGAGCAAUAUACAUAUAUAUACGUACGGGGAAAAAACACUGAGACUUCAAAAGUGGACAUUGCUUAGUUGAAUUUUCGCCGACUCUCAAUAUACAUGGUUACUUGUUGAGACACGUUGUUUUAUGUACGUUAUCGCCGGACCUUUCGUGAGUCUUAUUAAAACAGGGAGCUAGUCGUAAUUAGCUAAGGAAUAAAACACAUAGUGUUAUAUUAAUCAAAAUCUUCGUUCAUCCGGAAAUUACUGAAAUUUAAACGUUCAGUAAGCAAGCUGAGUUUAUCGGUGUUUUAUUUCGUUUUCUUCGUUUCUCUCUGUUUAAAACAACGCACUAUGGAGAAGCACAGAAAUACAUAUUAUAUAUUACUCUAUCAAAUAGUGUAACCACCACGACCCAACAAUAAUAGCAACCUUUAUAGCGCAUUUACAACAAAUAUUGAAGUAGUUAAGAAAUUUUUUGAUAAUGCCGCAUGAGUAUUUUUCCAAAGGUGGAAUAAAUUUUAUAGAAAAAAAUCGAAACAAUAACUGUAAAAAGAAAAGCAACACGUGGCAAAUAUGUAGAGCGAUAAUUCUUCUUCCUAUAUACUCUUCUACUGUUUCUCUCUGUCUCUUUCUCUAUCGAUCAAACACACAUAUAACCAAUCAAUAUGAAGCUUGAACGGUUGAAAUUAUUAAUAACGCAAUUGCGUCAUUGUGGAGACGCAGUUCGUUUAACGAGGCUGUACUUGUAGGAUCUGUGUACUUAAUAGACAAAUGAGCGAACCACGCGGUUAAUUGAAUUAAAUUGAACACGUGUGUGUGCGUAUAGGGAGCACAGCACACAGAAUACACACAUACAUCAUCAUCAUGAUUGCUAAUUGUAAGGCUGCUCGUGUAUCCAUAUCGUAGUCGUUGUCACCAGUCAGUAUACGAUAUUAGGUAAAUUACUUCUUCAAUUUAUUGAAUGGCGCAGAAUGUACAUCAACGCAUUUGAGUUUAGCGCGCUUAGACGUAAUUACAAAUAAAAAUGGAUGACUUCAUAAAA